GGCUGGAUAUGGGGGAGCCACCGCACAGGCCCGUACGAUCGAGAUAAAAACACUUUUUUUUUUCUUUUUUAAAUGUGCACGUACCGGAGAAAAUACACAAAGACACCGAGCUGGAGAGGCCUUAGGAGGACGGGGAAACAACCGAGGAAGUGAAGGAAAAGUGGGGAUACGGCUACUGACCCAUCCCGGCGCAUCAGGGGAGAAGCAGGGGAGAGAAAGGAGGAGAGGAGAAGGAGAUAUAAUUCCGCUCGACCCGAUGGACUGAGAGGACAGAUGAAUGAAGACUGCCUACACUAACGCCUAUAGAUGCCUGGCCAAGGAUCUGGACGCUUACGCCAUGAACACGGACAUGACAAUGGACGGCAUUGGCAGCCUGCAUGGCGGGGUGUCGGUGAGCUCCGUGGUCCCUGACGCGGAGCUGAUGAGCGGCCACAGCCCGCACCACGGCCGGGGGAGCUCCGCGGGGGGACACGGGGCGGCGGCGGCGGCGGCAGCGUCCGCCCUGAGGAUACACCAGGACCUGGCAGCCGCCGCCGCCUCAUCCCGCUCAGCCAUGGUGUCCGGCAUGGCUACGAUACUGGACGGUAGCGGGGAGUACCGGCCGGAGCUGUCCCUGCCUCUGCACCACGCCAUGAGCGUCCCCUGCGACACGUCCUCUCCCGGGAUGGGGAUGAGCGGUACCUACACCACCUUAACCCCGCUACAGCCGCUGCCCCCCAUAUCCACCGUGUCGGACAAGUUUCACCAUCAUCACCAUCACCACCACCACCAGCGGCUACCCGGGAAUGUCAGCGGGAGCUUCACCCUGAUGCGGGACGAGCGGGGGUUACCGGGCAUGAACAACCUCUACAGCCCCUACCACAAGGACCACAUGUCCGGGAUGGGUCAGAGCCUCUCCCCAGUGCUGGGCAACGGCCUGGGGUCAAUCCACAACACCCAGCAGGGUCUCCACAAUUAUGGCACUACGACGCACGGAGGCCACGAUAAGAUGCUGAACUUCGACGCGCACCACACCGCCUCCAUGCUGGCCAGAGGGGACCACCACCACCACCAGCACCGAGGCCUCGGUGGCCCGGCGGCCGGGAUGAUGCCGCAUCUAAACGGGAUGCACCACCCGGGUCACCCGGCCGCAUCCUCGGCGGGUCACCACACCCACCCCCACCUCCAGUCUCCAUCCCACGGGCCCGUGUUGGCUUCCACCCGGGAAAGACCGCCCUCCUCCUCGGGGACGCAGGGGGUGAACAGCUCGGGGCAGCUGGAGGAAAUCAACACCAAGGAGGUGGCGCAGAGGAUCACGGCGGAGCUGAAGAGGUACAGCAUCCCCCAGGCCAUCUUCGCCCAGAGGGUGCUGUGCCGCUCCCAGGGGACCCUGUCGGACCUGCUGAGGAACCCCAAACCCUGGAGUAAACUAAAGUCAGGCCGGGAGACCUUCAGGAGGAUGUGGAAGUGGCUGCAGGAGCCCGAGUUUCAGAGGAUGUCGGCCCUCAGACUGGCAGCAUGCAAACGGAAGGAACAGGACACGGCGAAGGAGCGAAACAGCACGCCGAAGAAGUCGCGGCUGGUCUUCACCGACCUGCAGCGGCGCACCCUGCUGGCCAUCUUCAAAGAGAACAAGCGGCCGUCCAAGGAGAUGCAGCUCACCAUCUCGCAGCAGCUGGGCCUUGAACUCACCACCGUCAGCAACUUCUUCAUGAACGCCCGCCGCCGCAGCCUGGACAAAUGGACAGACGACGGAAGCAGCCCCGGCGCCCAAUCUUCGGCGUCCAGCACUUGUACCAAAGCGUGAUAAUAGAUGUCGAGGAGGAGGGAGGGAAGGGAAGCGACAGGGAAAGGUCGUCUUUGGGUGGGGGAGGGGUGAUGAAGAUAUGGGGUGAUUAACUCGGGGAGGGAUGGAGCGCUUGAGGGCGCAGGUCGAGGUUUCGUCCGGUCGAAGCGAGGAGGAAAACCAAACUUUUUACAUUUUUUUGUUUGUUUGUCUGUUUUGCUUUUGUCGAGGGUGACAAACUGAGAGAGGGGCUGCUCACUGCGACGACUUGUUUGUAGCCAAACCGCCUUUUUCAAAUCCAUCAUAAUUCCAUAAAGAAGCUGAAGGGUAAGCUCAUCUUUAACACAUACAAACCUCACUGGGGGAGGGGGACAAACUAAAGGAAAAACCUUUGAAUCAUAGACUUUUACUGCUGAUGUCUCUUCUGGGACAAUAAGCUGACACACUAGCCCAAAUACCAAAGACUAGAAGACGAUGUAUGUUUUCUAUUAUGCAAUAUAAGCUAGGAUCCAACCAACCAAAUAACCAAUGAAAGCUUUAUGACUGUAGAAUGUGCUAGACUCUCUGGGAUAAGUGGAUAAUAUUACUUUCAAAUGUCCAAAGAUGACAAUAACACAUUGUGUGGGGCAGAUGUGGGGCAAAGUUGAAGAUUCUCAUUCAGAAGUCGGGUUUCGGAGAUUGCACUGCCAAAUUUGAAAAGCUGUCAUAAAUGUGUUGGGAUUUUGAAACAAACCGAGGUCAAUUUGUGCAGCUGAGGGUGAAAUCAGACUGUAGAAUUAUAUUUUAUUUUUAAUAAACCAAAGAUGUUGGAUGAGGGCACAGAAGGGUUUCUUGGUCAAGACAAAACCAUACAAUGAUUGAUCUUCAAAGGUCUCUUUUUGACCUUGCAAACAGCAGUUUGACAAAGUAAUCUUAACACAAAGUCCACUUGCUUGUAUGUAUUGUUUUGGCCUUGCAGUCUCCGUAUUUGACUGUCAGGUUCACACACUCUGUUUUCCUCCAGAGAAUUGAAGAGUUGGCUUCCAAAAUGUGUUUUAUCUAUUUUAAAAGGGAAAUACCUACCUGAAGUUCUCUGGAAUAUAUAUGAUCCAGGUUGUGGAUAGUUUCUUAGUGGAUUAUUUUCUUAAAUCAUGACAAAAUGUUCUUUUACAAAAUGACCAGAUUUCUGAUACCUUUAUGGACAAGACUCUUAAAUUUACCAAAGACAGAGAACAUGUAAUUGACUCUUUAAAUGGGGCAGUGAGGAUUCUUAAAGUUAGGAAAUGGCAAAAUAUGCAAGCACAAACACACACACCUACACACACAUACACAAACAUCCACCAAGGCACAUGCAACUUUCCUCAUAAUUUGAGCCGACAUGUAGAAUUACAAGCUUUCUCAGCAUACAUAGUGUUGGGUUGAGUGUUAGUGUAUUACACAUGAAUAUAUACAAUGUAUGUGAGCACAAUCUUGAAGCACAUUUUCUUUGCAAUAGAACCGGGGCUCUCUGCCAAGCCGAGUGGUCUUCACAUCUUAGAAAUCUCAGGAUGCCAUUUUUCUAAACAGUGGCUGAAAUCCACUCUGCGUUUUACGUCACUCACUAUAAUGCACGAAUGUACAAACACACAUAUGGACACACACUGUUGCCGCCAAGCAAAUGCACUUGCAUUACAUAGAACACACAAACACACACACACAACUUUAACGAGUCAUUUCCCAAAUGUUUCCCGGAAUGUCCACCCUGACCGACACAUUGUCAGCUAAACCAAUAAGCUCCAGUUUACCCUGCCUUCACCCACCCAUCAUUUGUGUUACCAUGGUAAUUCACCCACCAGGGCAGUGCUUUCCUUCUAGCAUCUUGGCAUUAGCACAAUCUUUGUUCUCAAGUAGAACAAAGAUGCUAUUUACACUGCUGAAAACCGGUGGUGUUUGUCGCAUUCUAAUGACGAGAGCUGUAACUGAAAUUUCAAUUGGACUGAGCUGUAUCAUAGUUCCAAAGAUAUAACCAAAGAAGACUUAAAUUAAGAUUUGAAGCUAUCAUUUUUAAACAAGACUAAAACAUGGAUCUUCUUUACAGCUACAGCUCUCUUUGACAGACAAAACACCAAAUGCAGUCUGGAUUUACACAAAGAAAAAAAGGCUUUUUUUGUGAGUCCUCCUUAUUUAGAUGAGUGUAAAAUCAUGACAUUUAUUUCUGGUAAAUGGGGAAUGUUCCUGUUCACAUACAAAUAAGGAUAGUCUGGGCACAGAACGCCCACAGCAUCCAGAGAAAAAGAAAAAUCCUUCAAGACUCCAAAGACUCUAAAUUGGCGUAUCACUGCUGAAGAGAUUCUUAGUUGAAACUUGCUCAGAGACUUAUUGACUAGAUUUGACCUUUUGGUGUAAAUCCAGCUGUAGAACUAAGAUGCUUUUUGGAAGCCCCCAGCUGCCACAACAGAAACCCCCAAAAACAAACCACAAAUGCACAUACACAAAAAUAAAACCAGUGAACCAUCUGAACCCGUGGAGGACGAACUGUCUAGGCGGAUCAGGGCCUUUGUAAUAGUUAAAGAGGACAAUCUAAAGACGAUGCCUGGCAGCUCCGUCUCUUCCAGAGGGUCAGUGGGCUGGAAAACAAACGGAUAGGUCUAAACGCUGCAAACAAAUCAUUUUAAUAAAGUCUUCAGUCAUAUAUUCAGACUACAAACUGUGUGAACUGAUACUGUCAAGACAAGAAAGUGCUCCCUGUUGACAGUGGAGAGAUCAGCUGUAAGAUGGUAUUUGUUUGCAGCGUAGGCAAGUUGGAUGCUUGGUGAAAAGGAUGGGCAGCAGACAAACAGACAGACUGAGACAGACAAAUCUGACUCCGACUGUCUUUGUGUCCAUACAAACUUCACUGAACAUCCAUUAACACCAUUUCUCACAACACUCAUUUUAUUUUGAUACCGUCACACUGUACAGCCUUUACACAUGAUGUAAAUACUAGCGCACCCAAAAACCUCAACCACCUCCAACUGUGUUUUAACAGCCUUUACCAUCCGCAAUCACUUCAUCAAUCAUCUCUCACUCAAGCUAUCAAACCAAAAAAAGAAACCAAACCAAAGGAAAGGCGUCAGUCAGCAGCCCCUGCUCCUUAGAAACCCCAGGCUGAGUUCAGGCCUGGUUAGAGGCAAGCCAAAGGCUCUAAGAACGAUUUAAAAUAAAAAAUGGACACUUGAGACUUUUUCUAUUUAUUGACAAAUCGAAACCAAAGAAAACCUUUUUCUGCACCUAACUGUUCCAACAAACGGAAAAAACUAACUGAAGAUGGAAGAGAAUUAUUACCAAAAAUGAAAAAAAAGAAAAAAAAAGAGUGGUGGCGACGAUGUCGAGAAUGACGACAACAAGGAGAAGGAGGGAGGAUAGAUGAAAGGAUGACAUCACGGGAGCGGAGAAGUAGCUUUGUUCUGCCUGAUGUUGCGUCAGGCCAUCUUUAAGGGGAAGCAAGUUGGGGGCUGAAAAGGGUAAAACCACACGGGAAGGAGGGAAGGAAUGAAUGGAGGACGCCGUCAACAAUCUUCUUCCCUCCGACCCCCAAAAAGGCAGAACAUUAAUGUGUCUCUCACGGUUGAAGAGUGUCUUUAACGUGUGCCUAUGCAGUUUUUCAAAGUAAAAAAAUGGUUAAAAGAACAACAGAAACCUCAUCAGCUAAUAAACCAAAGAUUCACCGUUAACUUCAGUAGCAGUUCUCCUCCCCUCAAAAAGGAAAAUCUCGACUUUCGCUUACCAGCAUGUACACACCAGUAGAAUGAUGUGCAUCCAUGCUGGGAGUGGUGUGCUGUGGGUUUUCAAUAUUUUCCAUUAAAUAUUGCUCUAUUAAAUCUUUUGUCCGCAAAAACUUAUGGGUUUGCAUUUAGGCUAAUCAAGCUAGUUUGUCAUUUCAAACUAGUUGUGUUUUCUUCAUCCUUUUCCCCUUAUUAAAAAUUAAUAUAGAUUUUUUCAGAAUUGCCAUUAUUUUGCUAGCUAGUGAGUAUUGAGUGAGAUUUCCCACAGCAGACACUCACGUAAGUCUGCACAGUAUUUAUCUUUGAAAGCUAAAAUGUCUGCAUCUGUUGUUCUUCAAUGAGUGUUCCUACAGCAUGGCAUCAACACAUGCAGCCAUCAUAGUAGUAAAUCCAUCACCACAUGUUACCACAAACUUCUGGUUCUCAAAUCAAGAGAAAAUAAAGUUAAGCAGUGUGUAGAAAUCUAGAGUUUGUUAGAUGGCUGCUGCUGCUGUUUGUGGGUUUUUUGCGCCACAAGUCAUUACCUGCUCCACAGGGCACAGUCUACCUCCAACAAUCUCCAGCAGUAGUAACAAAAGCUGCCAGACAACAGCACAGGGACGGUUUAUUUUUCCCCUGGCUUCACGUACUUACGGUUUGACACAUUUGAGCUGGAAGCAAGUCAAGAAAAAAAAACAUCAAUAGUCUCAGAAAUGCUUCCCUUUUCCUUUUUUGCUUCCACCCAGUCUGGGGAUUUAAACUAGCCACCUCUUCACGUUGAAGCUGACUGCUGUCUGGCAUGCUUCCUACUAUGGAGAGAGUGAUCAUGUGAUGCUAUGUGAAACGUACAGUACAUACCAAAGAUUUUCUGCUGUACAAACAGUAGCACACUGACACUUUUUCUUUAAUCCAUACCCCUUUUAUGGUCUAGAACAGAUACUGGAUCUGUGGUCUAGAUUGGUCAAUUUCUUUUACAUAAGGUCACUCAUAGUGUUGUUUGACUCACGGUCUUAAUUUUUACUUUUCUACCCAAACCUAGUAGUAGUACUGACCCAGAGGGACUCUGGUGGGUUUAAGGCCAUUUACCAAACCAAAUACCACUGUAAACCAGCAAACUU